AUGGCAAACUUCAAGUUCAAAAAACAGCACAAACACAAGUUCAACAAAAACCAGAACUUCAAGUUCAACAAAGGCCAUGUACUCAAGUUCAACAAACACCACAAACUCAAGAUAAACAAACACCACAAACUCAAGUUAAACAAAUGUCACAAACUCAAAUUCAAAAAAGAAACAAAUUCAAGUUCAACAAACACAACAGACUCAAGUUCAACAAUUGCCACAAACUCAAGUUCAACGAACGCCACAAACUCAGGUUCAAUUAAAAACACAAACUCAUGUUCAGAAAACACCACAGACUUAAGUUAA